AUGAAAUUCUCUCUCGCGGCAGGUUCUCUAGCAUGGCUGUUUGGUCUGGUCUCUGCCUCACAAUACGCGAUAUUCCAUCAAGAUGGAGAUGCCACACUUGCUUCACAGCCCAAUCACACCCUGAUAUUUACACACUCAGUGGAAAGACAGUCAUGGAUUCUUGAACAGUUCGAGGAAGGAAUCAACAUAGGAAAUGCUGGAAAUGGGCUUUAUGUUAAAUGUGGCCUCCAAAGUGGAGCGUCCUGCGAAGCUGCCGACACACCAACUACAUUUGAUUUGUCACCGCAGGGUGAUAACUCCUAUACCGUGAAUGUCCUACACGGGGAUCUGCUUUGGACUGUGAAGAAUGAUGUGUUGUACCUAGAGCUAGCAGAUGGAAGCGAUUCGCAGAGAUUCAUUUUGUCAAAAACCUCUGGUAUCGAACCUGUUGGUCAUCAAGAACUGGCAUAG